AUGUCCACAUUGAGAGAUCUUAUUGACGCCGAGAAGGAAGAGGAGGUUUCUCCGCCUCCAUAUCCGGCUCCGUCCAGCUGUUCGUCCGUUACUGGAGAUGUUUCUGAUGAAGAAGGUUCGAAAAAGACUUCGCUGCUUUUCUUGCCAGGGGAAGAACAGUCACCAGAAAACUUAAAGAAAGUCACUGCGACUGCAGCUCCUUUGCUGCAUCUUAAACAGAGCGAGAAUCUUGAUAAAGAAGAUUUGAAGAAAUCAUCGGAGUUUAUAACGCUUGAACCGUCAAAUAUUGCCGAGAAAUAUCUAGAAGAAAGCGAACCUUCGUAUUCUUCAGGGAAGGAGGUUUUUAAAACAGCAGAGAAAUCUCCAUCCUCCGGAACCGUCAGGUUUUUGGAGAAAGAAAUUGCUGAGUCAGUUGAGAAAUGCGAAGCUAAAGGAGAGGCAACUGUGUCAGAGGAAUCGCCGGUAAUUUCUUUGCAGAAGGUGGUGGGAGGUCGGACUCCGGAGAAGGAUGAAAAGACGGUGAUGGUGCAGCGCAAUGAGUUUGAAUCUGAUAACGCCAAGUCAACGGCGUUAAAACCGUGUCCCAGUGUAGGUGUGAAACUGGACCUUUUAGAUCUGAACAUAUCUCAAAGAUUGAACGGUGGAGGGCUUCUGAGUCCAGAGUGUUGCACGAUGGUGGAAGAAGCGUGGGAGAGGCUCAAGAAGUCUUAUGUACACUUUAAAGGAAAGCCUGUAGGGACUCUAGCUGCUAUGGAUACUAGUGCUGAUGCGUUGAAUUACAAUCAGGUUUUUGUAAGAGAUUUUGUUCCUAGUGGCUUAGCAUGUCUAAUGAAGGAACCUGCAGAACCUGAGAUUGUGAGGAAUUUUCUGUUGAAGACCCUCCACCUCCAGGGUUUAGAAAAAAGGGUUGAUAACUUCACUCUUGGAGAAGGUGUCUUGCCUGCAAGUUUUAAGGUCCUCUAUGACUCUGAUCAGGAAAAGGAAACCUUGCUUGUGGAUUUUGGUGCGAGUGCAAUAGGAAGAGUGGCACCUGUUGAUUCGGGUUUCUGGUGGAUUAUUCUUCUCAGGUCCUAUAUCAAGCGCACUCGUGAUUAUGCACUUUUAGAUCGCCCGGAGGUGCAGAAAGGAAUGAAGCUUAUACUUAAACUUUGCCUUUCGGAUGGCUUUGACACUUUCCCAACACUUCUAUGCGCAGAUGGGUGCAGUAUGAUUGACCGGAGGAUGGGAAUAUACGGUUAUCCAAUUGAAAUCCAAGCACUUUUCUAUUUUGCUCUAAGCUCCCUGGUUACACCUGCACAGGCGACGGCCAUUAUGGAUUUGGUCGAGGAGCGGUGGGAAGACUUGAUUGGAGAGAUGCCCUUGAAGAUCACAUAUCCAGCAUUGGAGGGACAUGAAUGGAGGAUAGUCACUGGAUUUGAUCCUAAAAACACAAGGUGGAGUUACCACAAUGGGGGGUCAUGGCCGGUGCUUCUAUGGUUACUUUCAGCCGCAUGUAUCAAGGUUGGAAGGCCACAAAUCGCAAAACGAGCCAUAGAGCUGGCGGAGCAGCGGCUAUCCAAAGACGGGUGGCCUGAGUAUUAUGAUGGUAAGACUGGCAGAUAUGUUGGGAAGCAAGCAAGGAAACAUCAGACCUGGAGUAUUGCUGGCUAUUUGGUUGCGAAAAUGAUGGUAGAAAAUCCUUCCAAUCUUCUACUGAUAUCUCUUGAAGAGGACAAGAAGAGUGCUAAGCCAAGGCUCACCCGUUCUAACUCAUCUUCCUUUUAG